UUUCAUUUUCCAGGUGUGAUGGAGCCUGCAGCUUUGUGUUUAGCUAGAUUCUUCAUGGCCUUUCUUCUUUUACAGAUCACCGUACUCACCCAAGCUAUGAGCUUGGAUAUACAGAUUAACAUUCAGGUUCCAGAUGCAGAAGGGGUACUGGUGGAGUGUACUUCAGGAAGUUUGAUCCCACCUGCUGAGAUGACAUGGAGAGACAGCAAGGGGAAUAUAAUUCCACAUUCAUCAAAAUUUGACUCUCAGAAUGGAUUAUUGUACUUGAAGAGCAGCAUUCUUCUGAAGAACAGAACACAUGGUCCUGUUACUUGUUCCAUUUACAAUGUAACUACAAAUCAAGAGAAAAAGAGAAGCAUUGUCCUACCAGAUGUCCUCUUCAAACCAGAGUAUAUGUCAUUGAUGUCAAACAGACCUUCAUGUCCUGUAAUAUAUUUGAUCAUUAUACUUGUUUUAUAUUGUCUCAGAGGAAUACUUGUUUUUUGUUGUCUCAAAUGGAAAACAUGUGCAUUCAUGAGAGGUAAAGAGUUCCAAAACUAUUUCUUCUUGAAACACAAUACUCAAAUGAAGCUUUGCUAUGAGCUUACCUGGGAGUGUCUACUAUUAAUUUUGUAUAUCAGCUUCCUCCCUUUCUAUUUGAAUUUCAGGAGCAGAGCUUCUAUUUUGGACAAUGCAUACCCACUGUACAGUAAUUGGCUGUGGGAUGUAUGCAUAAUCUUGGUUGUAAUGAUGCUAUUUUUCACUGGACUCAUUUUGCUUCUAUUUGUGACUCUAAACACCAAAGAACAGAAAGCACAGUGCCAGCCACUGGAGGAUGAAAUCCUACCCUUAUACCAGCUUUCACAGGAGUUCACAGAACAAAGGUCACCAUUUCCGUUCCUCAGAGAUUGCAGAGAGGAAACGGUCCAGCUCCAAGGAAGUAUUGUAGAGGAGAUCUUCAAUCAGCCCCAAGGAAGCUGUGAAGAGGAGAUCUUCAAUCCUCUUCAGCCCUUAAGAUUGAAUUGCAGUCUCAAUUCGGGAACCUGAGACAGUAAAGAAAGAGAAAAGGAUUCUGAUUUGAACUAUAAAAU